AAAGAGGGGCUGUUACAGUCAGCACACAUCCCUGUCUGGUCAUGUUCCCUUCCAAGUCCACUGCUAUGGCACUGGCGAUUCUUCAGGACUGGUGCGGGGGGAUGGGUGUCAAUGCCCAGCGUUCACUGCUUAUCCUGGGCAUCCCUGAUGAUUGUGAGGAAGAAGAAUUCCAGGAGGCUGUGCAGGCUGCCCUCAGGCCCCUGGGCAGGUACCGAGUGCUUGGCACGGUCUUCAGAAAGGAGAUUGGGGCAAAGGUCGCUUUGGUUGAAUUCGCUGACAAUUUGAACCAAAGUUUGAUCCCCCGACAAAUACCAAGUGAUAGGGGGCCCUGGACUGUGAUCUUCCUGCCUCAGGUCCCUGAUAUCGAGUUACAGGGUACAUUCAAUUUCCCUGCACAGGCUCAUGGGCAAGCUUUGCAAGGGGCUUCAGGUGGGGUAGGGGCUUCAGGUACAUCAGGGGCUGCAGUUGAGGAAGGAGAUGUAGAUGAGACAGGGACUGUGGGUGAGGCAGGAGGAGCAGCUGAGGAAGGCGCUGAGGAUGAGGCAAGAGUGUCAGAGGAGGAAGAGACAGAGGGUGAGGAAGGAGGAGCAGGUGAGGCAGGAAGAGCAGCCGAGGAAGAAGCUGCAGCUGAGGCAAGAGUGUCAGACGAGGAAGGAGCAGAGGAUGAGGGAGGAGUUAUAUAUGAGGCAGGAGUAAUAGAUGAAGCAAGACUGUCAGAUGAGGGGGCUAUGGAUGAGGAAGAUGAUGUAGUUGAGGCAGGGGCUGCAAGAAUGUCUGAUGAGGAAGGAGCUGGAGGUGACAUGGGGGUUGCAGGUGUUAUAGGAGCUAUGGGUUGGGUAGGAGCUGCAGGUGAGGUAGGAGCUGCAGGAGAAGGAGGCGUUUUAGAGGCAGGAGCAGGUGAUGAUGGGUCUGCAGGUGAAGAGGGGUCUGCAGGUGAUGAGGAGUCUGUGGGUGAUGAAGGGUCUGGGAGUGAUGAGGGGUCUGCAGGGGAUGAAGGAUCUGUGGAUGGUGGAGGGGCUGUGGGUGAAGCAGGAGCUAUAGGUGAGGAUGAAGCAGGAGCUGUAGGUGAGGCAAGAAUGUCAGAUGAGGAGGGAGCUGCAGGUGACAUGGGAGUUGCAGGCAUUAUAGGAGCUGUGGGAUUGGCAGGAGCCGCAGGUGAGGCAGGAGGUUCAGGUGAGGAAGGGGCCUUUGAUGUGGCAGGAGGGGCACAUGGGGCUGGAGCCUGGACCCAGCAGUGGAGCCAAGCCCUGCAGCCUAUCCUGGAAAACAUGGCCUACCAGGAACUGAGACACUUCUCUGGGAUGGAAUAGCCUGGCUGUGGGGGUCAGUCUUUCGAGAGCUGGCUGGACCAUGCCAAUGACAUGCUAUACCUGUGUUCAAGGAAUCAGGAUAUAAGAAUGAGGCUUGGGAGGCAAGUUACCCAUAAUCCCUGCAAAAGUAGGUUCAGAAGGCUCAGCUUCUCUUUCUCCUUCUCUCCUGUGUUCUGGGGAGACUGA